CCGCCAAGCAGCCCCGCGGGGUAGGUGAAAAAUCCGAGUCGGGUUUGGAGUUACGGCCAUUGGGACAUUUGGCCGAGUCCGUAUGCCAUCGGGUCGAGAUAUGACAUGACAUUGAUGUGGGCGAGGUUCGGCUCAUGCGCGAGGAUGGCCGGGUAGGACAGGCCAGGUCAAAUUCGCAGGCAGGCUGACUUGAGGGAAUAUGUACAUAUGCCGCGGGCCGCGGCCGGUUACACAGAGGACUGAGCGCGGGGCAUAUAUUCUGCCCCCGCCAUUUGCAAAGAUGCGCCGGGCCGUUGAAGGAGGGGAACGUGGAAGACUUAAUAUCUCAGCGCUGGUCUGCCUCCCGCUCGGUUGCCUUGUUUCGGUGCUGCUGUGUUUGUCUCGAUUUCAUGAAGGGGACAUGAUGAUGGGGACUUGGCCGGGACGGCAGUCUGCAAUUCCGCCACCUCAACUAUUUUACGGCCCAGAUUCCGAUGACAUAUUGUUUCGAGUGUCCAACCUCCGACGCGAGACGCGGACCAGACUCCCUACCCCGGACCGCCCAGGACUCUCCCAAUACAGCCCAGCAAGGCGUCAAAGCGGGAACCGUGCUCAUGCGAUGCCGCCUCCCGGCCGGCCGGUCAGCCAGCACCAUCGGCCGGGGCAGCGCAGUAUAACUCGCUGCAUCUACAUAAAUACCGUGCAUUCCUGCAUGUGCAUAUCUUUCACCGUCCGAGACCUCCCAUCACAUAAUCAUGACAGAGCAUAGUUUUAGUUAGUUAUACAGACGGCCCGCCGCAGGGUCGGAAGCAAAACCGCCACCACCACCGCCCACCAACACACCGGGCCGAGAGUGGCAUUGUCCGACAGCCACUUCACUUCACCAGAGUCAGACACGGUCCUUCUGGAAAAGGGCCGGCGGGCGGGCGAGCGAGUAGCGCGCCAA